AUGAGCGCCGGAGCCAGAAGCGCUGGAGCCACUAGGAGCGACAGACCCAGAUUGGACCCAGAUUGGGUGCCAGAACCUGAAGCGCCGGAGCCAGAAGCGCCGGAGCCACUAGGAGCAACAGAUCCAGAUCGACCACCGGAGCCUGAAGCGCCGGAGCCACUAGGAGCGACAGAACCAGAUUGGAUGCCAGAGCCAGACGAGCCGGAGCCAGAUGCGCCAGAGCCAGAUGCGCCGGAGCCACUAGGAGUGCCAGACCCAGAUUGGGUGCCAGAGCCAGACACGCCGGAGCCAGAAGCGCCAGAAGCGCCAGAACCACUAGAAAUGGCAGAUCUCGACUGA